AUGGAGAAGAAGACAAUGUCGCAAUACUUAUUUCAACAUAGCACUGGACGAUUGCGUCAUCAGUCGCAGUCCAUGAUGCAUUGGAAUUGGCUCCAUGCGACAGCUUAUGCGUCUGCAGUCGUCGCAUCUGCAGCCUAUAUGCACAAUCAACUUACAAUUUACUUCAAAAACCUCGAUGCUCAGCAAGUAAACGAUAAGCUGUUCGACAGUCUCGCAACAGUCGCUACCAUUGGCACUGAGCAACUGGAUGGACUUCACCUUAUGCUCUCCGAGCUAUCUUUCAGGAUACGCUGGUGUCUGGUCGUCCUAUCCCUCGUAGUCUGGAUCGGCACGCUCGUGCUUUCGCGCCGGUAUCAUCUGCACUCACCGCUUCGCCGCGUAACAAAACGUCUUGAACAGUACGUGGAAAUGCUACGUGAAUGGAAUAGCAAGAAGAUGAAGAAAAAAUCUACAGGGUAUCAUGGCAAACGUCAUCACCACCACGUUAAACGGCCAACAACUCGCUCGGAAAGUUGGAACGACAGUGAUUUGGAGAUUGAUGAAAAAGAUCUACUGAUUGUAUCUUCGCUCUCCUCUGAGCCGCAUCAUCUUUUAUCUUCUAGCGUAGAAAGGCAGUGCAAUGAUGCUAACGAUGACAUUGACAACGGUCAUGUUAGGAUACGCCGGCUGACUAACGAUAAGGGCGAAGGUACGGUCAACAGAGGUGACAUGGCAGGAAAGAUUGUGUUACACCCGCGGGAAGGUGCUUUAGGUGGACGACAUCAGAGCAAUCAGAUUAUUUCGGAUGAUCCGUACGUGAGCCGGUUCCACUUCCAAAUCCAGUACGACCCUAUGGAGAAAGAGUACUAUCUCCAAGAUCUCGGUAGCACGACUGGAACAUUUGUAUUCCUUAAGCCAGACGCACCUAAGCGUCUGCAUGUAGAUGACCGCGUAAGGCUUGGUGACACGGAGUUUGAAGUGUCAGCGAUCGACGAGAAUAUUACUACGGGGAUGCCAUUCUUGCGUAUUCGCUUCACUGAUGGCCCACUCGUUGGCGUUUGCCAGACCAUUGGCAAGACAUCUGUGACUCUGGGUCGAUAUUCAAGCAAUGCACUUUGUAUCACCGAAGAUGACUCGAUCUCUGGAAAGCACAGUGUGAUCUCGUACUUUGACAAUGGGUUUUACAUUACGGAUCUACGCAGCACAAAUGGUACAGCGAUUCGUCUCAGUGCUACUGGUAAAAAGAGUCGAAGACGCUACCUCCUUCACGGUGAUGUGUUUGGUGUUGGCAUGAAUCGAUUUAUGGUCGAGUACUCGCAUCAAUUAGCAGCUCCAGGGCGACUUAUGAAACUCAUACGAAAAAAAGGCCAGGAAGAAGAUGACAUGAUUGCACCCGAUGCAUAA